CCGACCCUUAUUUACCGAAGUUAAAAUGGCUGCCCUUAGAAUUUUCGCAAGGCCCUGCUUUUCACAUAUUUUUUCAAACACCUUGGCUAGCAAUUUAGCGAAAAAUACACUUUGCAACAAUUACAAGAUCCAGGAAAGAUAUAGCUCUUUCAAAACUUCUCCACAAGUAGGGGAUCCGUCUCAAUACACAGAUUUUGAAAUUUCAAAAGAUCCGCAGGAAUGGCUGUAUGUGGAACGACUCCUGGUGCAGAAAACUGUACCGCCUGCUCCGACGUCUACAGCUAAGGAGUAUCCAUCAGGCUGGACACCUCAAUCUGAGGAUGCUCUGAAGCUACCAUAUUUCGUUAGGAGAACCAAAAACUAUUUACAACCAGUUUACCUUGAACGAUCGUUUCGAGGUAUGCGCAGAAUAACAAUCGUUCGUAAAAUUGAAGGAAAUAUAUGGCUCCUCGAAGCUGAGCUUAAAAAACACUUGGAAGAAGCCACUGAAAAGCCAGUUGGCACCCAAAUUCAUGAAGUUGCAGGCAUAUUAAAAUUUAAGGGCGACCAAGUCAUCCGCAUUAAAGAAUGGCUGACUGCGAAAGGCCUUUAAAAACAAAUAGUUAGGUAAUAGAUAUACACAAUCUAUUGUACAUUUAAUAAACCGAAUAAAAAUUAUUAUUAUUGGUAAUUA